AUGGCAAUAACGUCUAUCAAUCAAGUCGCCAGUCAGUUUACUGGUGGCACAACGCUCUUUGGAAAUUCCCAGGCAAUUCAACCGUCGACGAAGCGGUCUCAGAUGAUUCCAGCGACCUCCAGUACAAGGUCGACGUCUUCUUCGUCCGGCUCAAGUGGUGACAAGUCCAGUGAUGAUGGCAGCAGCUCCUAUAGUUUCCUGGGCGGAAAAGAUGGAGAAAAUAGCGACAGUGGCAGUUGGAGUUGGAGUAUGGAGUCGGGGUCUGGCAGUUUGAGCUUGGAAUAUGAAUGUGACUGCCGAUCGGUCCGUCGUGUCUCGCUUAUGGGAGCUUCGGACUACUGCCUUGCGCCAGGUGCUUUACUAAGCAGCAAGUGUGGUAACGUUGAUCUUGGUGAAAGUGGUAGUUGUCCAAUGACUGGAGCUCAACCGUGCUCUGUCAAAGGCCACGUUCUGGCAAACGACUCUUUUUGUGCGCUGGACAACAAGGAUGAGACGUACAAAUGCGUAGCCAGCAAGAACGACUUGGAGAUCCAAAAGAACGGAAAAAAGAAGAGAAAAAAAUCCAGUCGCCACCAUGGGCCAGAGUCGUCUAUGAGCAUGGCUUCACCGCAUCUGCUGUGGACGGCGCGUCACGUACUGGCGGUCGUGGUUUGCAUGGCAUUCGGGAUGAUAGCUGUAGUGUAG